GGAAUUAAAAAACCUGUCAUGUCACAAGAAGAUAUCGGAAAAUGGUACAGCAGGAGGAGGAUCAUAGAAGGGAUACAUAUGACUCAUUGAAAUCCGAAAGAGGUAAAAUCCAAAAACACCAAAUAAAAAAACUUCCAAACCGAAUGCUGGUAAGAGGAAAAAUCCAGACUUUGCUUUCUCUUUUCUACAAGAUGAAUGCUUCACUUUAUCAGUUUCUUCUCUUAUACAUCGACACAUCAACCACACUCCUUCCAUGGCCUCAAUCACCUCCCUUCUCCUUGGCUUUGUUGUCUCGUCCGUCCUCUUCAUCUUCUUCUUCAAGAAACUACUCUUCUUCUUCUCCAGACGCAAGAUGUCGGAAGUUUCUAUGCUCCCCUCUGUUCCAGUGGUGCCAGGACUUCCAUUGAUUGGGAACUUGCUGCAACUAAAAGAGAAGAAACCACACAAGACUUUCACUAAAUGGUCAGAGCUUUAUGGUCCAAUUUACUCUAUCAAGAUGGGUUCUUCCUCCCUUAUUGUCCUCAAUUCAACCGAAACCGCCAAAGAGGCCAUGGUAACUCGGUUUCCAUCCAUCUCAACAAGAAAGCUGUCAAAUGCUUUGACAGUUCUCACUUGCAACAAAUCUAUGGUUGCUACAAGUGAUUAUGAUGAUUUCCACAAAUCUGUGAAACGGUGUAUCAUGAAUGGCCUUUUGGGUGCAAAUGCUCAGAAACGAAAAAGAUACUACAGAGAUGCCCUCAUUGAGAAUGUGACUUCCAAGCUGCAUGCCCACACGAGGGACCAUCCACAAGAGCCUGUAAACUUCAGGGCUAUAUACGAGCAUGAGCUUUUUGGAGUAGCCUUGAAGCAAGCCUUUGGGAGAGAUGUAGAAUCCAUUUACGUCAAGGAACUCGGUGUGACUCUGUCGAGAGAGGAGAUCUUCAAAGUUUUAGUACAUGACAUGAUGGAGGGUGCGAUUGAUGUUGACUGGAGAGACUUCUUCCCAUACUUGAAGUGGAUUCCGAACACAAGUUUUGAAGCAAGAAUCCAGCAAAAGCAUAAACGUAGACUCGCCGUGAUGAAUGCUCUAAUUCAAGAUCGUCUGAAGCAGAGUGAUUCAGGAUCGGAUGAUGGUUGCUAUCUUAACUUCUUGAUGUCUGAAGGGAAAGCACUAACCAUGGAGCAGAUUGCAACCUUGGUUUGGGAGACGAUUAUCGAGACAUCCGACACUACUUUGGUCACAACUGAAUGGGCGAUUUACGAACUCGCAAAGAAUCAAAGUGUUCAAGAUCGUCUGUAUGAUGAAAUCCAAAGUGUCUGCGGAGGAGAAAAGAUCACAGAAGAGAAACUGCCUCGACUUCCUUAUGUCAAUGGAGUCUUUCAUGAAACGCUUAGGAAAUACAGUCCUGCUCCUCUUGUUCCCAUUCGUUACGCCCACGAGGAUACUCAAAUCGGAGGCUAUCAUGUCCCUGCAGGAAGUGAGAUAGCAAUAAACAUAUACGGAUGCAACAUGGACAAGAAUCGGUGGGAGAGGGCAGAGGAGUGGUGGCCGGAGCGGUUCCUCGAUGACAAAUUCGAGUCGUCUGAUCUUCACAAGACGAUGGCGUUUGGAGCCGGGAAGAGGGUUUGUGCUGGUGCGCUUCAAGCGUCUCUCAUGGCAGGCAUUGCCAUUGGUAGAUUAGUUCAAGAAUUUGAGUGGAAGCUUAGAGAUGGAGAAGAAGAGAAUGUGGAUACCUAUGGCUUGACCUCUCAGAAACUCUAUCCUCUCAUGGCUAUUAUCAAUCCAAGGCCUUCUUCUUAAGAAAUCUUUCUCUCUUUCUUUCUUUAGUUUUAGCUUUUGUCUGUUUAGUGAACCAUCACAGUAAUAAGCUAAAGCUACACUUUUGGUUCGGAUGUUUGUUGUAUUUAACUUUUAAUGUCAUAUGAUGUUCUGAAACUUAACAUGUAAUCUUGUGUGUUUGUAUUAGUGAAGUUGAACCGCAAACUCUUAAGCUUGUUUAGUUGUUUAAUUUGUAUCUGCGUGUAACACACUACAAACACCUACACUUGCAUGAUUUACAAUGUGUUAUGUUGCCG